GUGCUACGCAGCGCAGCUACGAACGGCCGUUUGGAGCCGAGGACGCCCGUCCGUUUCUCAGCCAUUUGGACUAUCGUAACAGGUCACCGCUCUCCUACUUACAUACUCCUACGUACUAGUUUCUCUCUCUGUGUGUAUACCUACUGAGGCUUCUUCUAUUCUGUUAUUAUUGUACACAAGAGAAGAAGAGGAGAGCCAUGUCCUCCUCCAUGCCCAUCCCCAAACGCAAACUCCCGCGCUCCGUCAUACCCUCGAGCUCCUCCCCAUCUGGCUCUCUGAGCAGCAGCAGCGGAUCUUCUUCAGCAUACUAUUCUCCGCCUACGAAUUCGAGUUCAUGGAAAGGGAAGAGUAAAGUUCCAAUUUCAGGUUCUCCGGCUACGACUUCGCCGCAACCCGAGAGCUGGCUCCUCUCUCCUCGACGACCGAGUCUCUUGGGAAGCUCAUUGAGUAAAAGCGAGUAUACGGUGAUUAAUCUGGGACAUGAUGAGGGUUUGAGACUUGUGAGUUGUGUGAAGAGUAGUCAGGGGUGGGAUUGGAAUCAAGAACUCUUCCUCCCCUCAUACGCCGCAAACGAGUACGUCGACGAGGACUUGGAACAUCGUCCGGAUCCUGUCGAGGAGAUUGUUUUGACGGAUGAGGAGGCUGAGAGGAUGAUGCCGAGGUGAAGGCAGUCAGGACUGAUACAGGACUUGAGAUGGAGGAGAACAAGAGAUGGGUUUGUUUAAAAUUGGAAAUGUAUAGCGAUUGAGCACGGUGCUAUCAGGCGAGACUUAUAACUGCUACUGUUUGGGGAGGGUUUCGGCGGCGCUGGAAUUGGGAAUGAGGUUCAUUGGUAUUGCUUGGAAAUGGACUGGAUGCGUAAGACGCUCAUACAGCUAUGGGAUUCUGGACUAUGGAAGGGCUGUGGCAUAUACAGGUGUCGGAAUUGGAGUAGAUAGGCUCAUUCAUGUGGGUUUGCUUUUGGUAGGAGCGAACACUGCACUCCUUGGGCUGAGCGUGCACAAUUCGCACAUCGUUGUCUCCUACAGCGACUUUCCCGA